CCCUUAGAACACAGGAUGUCAGAUCUGGGAGACCUUGCCAAAGAGAUUAUCAUGUCUAGUCCCCUUCAUUCUGGAUAGAAGGACACCAAAGCCCAGUGAUUUUGCCCAUGGUCCCUCUGGUCACUGGCAGACCUCGCAGGUGUGAAGCCCAGUUCUCCUGGGCACUAGUUCAUUCCAUUUCCUUUGGCAGCAUUUGAAAAGGUUUUUGUAUGUGGGUUCUGUGUUUAUCUCCUAUUAUCCAGAGGGAGGAUUUCUCUUUUGGGGUAGAUACAAGGCCUGGAAAUUCAGAGAUUUAGCUGUAGCCCGCAACAUGCCUCCUGUUUGCCCAUCUAGUAUUUGGCCAGGUGGGGCCAGAAGGAUGGGGAAGUCUGUGCUUCAGAAAGGGAACCUGGGAGCUCGACUGUGUCAGGGAUUAGACCAGAGACCUGAGUGACAGAGAGCUUGUAAAUGUCCUAAAGACUUACCCAUGAGCUGCCUCCCUCCUGGUUUCCCUGGCUUAAUACUAACCCUGGAGCUCAUUUCUCUGCCUUCUUUUCCUGAUUCUGCCUUAAUCUUGAUGAAUGACUUAAAGCAAGUCUUAGUGCCUCAGUUUAUUUUCCUUAUACUAGAUUCAAGGUAAUUUGGGGUAGAGGGGGAGAAGGUAUCAUGGGGAAAAACUUCAUGUAUAAGGUAACACUUAAGCUGGGCCCUAAAGGAAGCUAAGGAUUCUUAAGAGGUGCAUUCUAGACUGGGGGAACGGUUGGCUCAGAGGCACAGAGAUGAAGCUACAGAGUCCCGUAUAAGGCAAGUAUAGUGGGAUUAUAGAAUAAUCAUCUCCCCCAUUAGCAUGUGGGCUCCUGAAGGACCAGGACUGUGUUUUUUUGCUUUCUUUAUGCUUCUAGAACUUAGUACAGUUCCAAGACACAGUAAGAGUUUAAUAAAUGCUUGUUAAUUUACCAGCUUAUGGUAGCUGGAGGAUCUCAUGAUUCUUCCAUUUGUUUGGUUAUUAAACAUAAAGCUUUAAGAGCAGCUAGGUGGUACAACAGAUAGAGCAGUCCUGAAGUCCGAAGGAUCUGAGUUCAAACUCGGCCUCAGACAUUCAUUAGUCAUGGGAUCCCAGACAAAUCAUCUAACCCUGAUUGCCUGGAGAAAAAAAAACACAACUUAUUGCUAUAUUUUGUUUUGAUUUCAUCAACAAUGUCCAAUGUGUCUUCCAGAUCUCUCCAUCUUCUGUCUCCCAGAGAGCCAUCUCUUAAAACAAAGGGGGAAAAAAGAGGGGAAAAAACCCAGUUCAUCAAAGCUAACCUACAUUUGAAAAAUGCUGAUAUUAUCUGCAGUGUUCCAUAACCAUGGUUCCCCCACUUCUACAAAGCAUUGUGGGGUGGGCAGGUGGGCAGAGAAGGGAGGUGUGUGGCUCUGUCUAUACCCUCUUCUAGGACUGUGAAACACUAUUCGCAGAUCAGGAGGCCUUUCCCCUUAUAAAAGAAUUUAUUGGUUUCAGAAAAAUAAUAUUUGGACCUGAAAGACUUGGAGAGAUUUUAGGGGAUUUCUGUACUUGGGUAGGGAAAAAGUAAUUUUCAGUAAUGUCUGGCAUUUGGUAUUUCCUUUAAUUAUUUCUAAACAUUAUUCUGAGAGGCCCACACGUAUCAUAUUAACCAGACUGCCAAAGGGUUCCAUGACACAAAGAUGGUUAAGAACUGCUUUAGAGGUCACAAGUUAAUUUAAUUCCAUCUGGUGUGCAUUUAUUAGGUGCCUACUAUAGGCUAGGAACUUUUUGUUAAAUACUAUUACUCAAGAGCUGAGCUCCUCUAUAUUUCAGAAGGUUUAAUCCCUCUCUUUUCUUUUUUCAUCUUUGGCUAGUGUUCAGAAACAAGGGAAAGGAGAGUGGGGGAUAGGAGGGGACAAUGCCCUUCCAGCCUCUUCCUCCAUCCCCUUUCUCUUUUCUUUCCCCCACUUCAGUAGACGAAUGGGGUUGCCGGGUCUGCCUGCAUCCCAUUCCUUGGUCCUCUGCAGGUUUCUCCUCUAGAGAUCUCUCUGUCUUGGAGAGAAGGAAAAACCUGCAAGGUCAGGCUCUGGGUCUCGCCAUGCUGAGGAUCAUCAUCUGUGCCGCCUGCAUCCUGGGGUCCGUCUUAGCCCAGGAGCCCCCAGGCCAUGUCUCCAUCAUCCUUCUGGGAGCCACCGGGGACCUGGCCAAGAAGUACCUGUGGCAGGGGCUGUUCCAGCUCUACCUGGACGAGGCGGGAAAUGGCCACAGCUUUAGCUUCCAUGGGGCGGCCCUGACUCGGCCUGAGCAGGGCCAGCGGCUCAUGGCCCAGGCUCUGGAGAGGCUCUCCUGCCCCCCUGAUGUGCAGCCCGAGCGCUGUGCCCAGCUCAGGGAGCGCUUCCUGCAGCUGAGCCGCUACUGGCAGCUGCAGACGGCGGAGGACUACGUGGCUCUAAGGGAGGACAUUGAGACCCGGCUGCAGCAGGAAGGGCUUCGGGAGGCUGGGAGGAUCUUCUACUUUUCCGUACCUGCCUUUGCCUACUUGGAAAUCGCCCAGCAUAUCAACAGCAGCUGCCGGCCGGGCCCGGGAGCCUGGCUGCGCGUGGUCCUCGAGAAGCCCUUCGGACACGACCGCCGCUCGGCCCAGGAGCUCUCCAAGGAGCUGGGGACCUUCUUCCGAGAGGAGGAGAUGUAUCGCGUGGACCACUACCUCGGCAAGCAGACAGUGGCACAGAUCCUGCCUUUCCGAGACCGGAACUGGAAAGCCUUGGAUCGCCUGUGGAGCCGGCACCAUGUGGACAGGGUGGAGAUUAUCAUGAAGGAGACGGUGGAUGCCGAGGGCCGCAUCAGUUUUUAUGAAGAAUACGGAGUGAUCCGGGACGUCAUCCAGAACCACCUGACUGAGAUCCUGAUGUACGUGGCCAUGGAGCUGCCCCGGAACCUCAGUGACCCAGAGGAGCUGCUCCGCCGUAAGCUGCAGACCUUCCGGGCCCUUCGGAGCCUGGAAAAGGGGAGCGUCGUCCUGGGCCAGUACCAGGCGUAUGGUGGGCAGGUCCAGAAGGAGCUGCAGAAGCCUGCGGGCUAUGUGAGCCUGACACCAACCUUCGCAGGAGUCCUCCUUCAAAUCGACAACCUGCGCUGGGAGGGCGUCCCCUUCAUCCUGAUGUCUGGUAAAGCCCUGGAUGAGAGGGUGGGCUACGUCCGGAUCGUAUUCAAGAACCGGGCGUACUGUACCCAGAGCGAGAGCCACCGGGAUUCUGGGAAGAGCCAGUGCCAGCCCAGACAGAUCAUUUUCUAUAUUGGGCACGGGGUGCUGGGCGGCCCCGCGGUGCUGGUUAGCAGGAACCUGUUUAAGCCCUCCCUGCCCACCAGGAGCUGGCAGGAGAUCCAGGAGAUGCCCGAUCUUCACCUCUUUGGACAGCAGCUGGCUGAUUUCCAUGCCUACCGCCCCCGCCAGGAGAGGGACGCCUACUCCAUUCUGAUCUCCCACAUCUUCCACCGACAGAAGAAUUCCUUCAUCACCACGGAGAAUCUGCUGGCCUCCUGGGACGUGUGGACCCCGCUGCUGGACAGCAUCGCCCAGGAGGUGCCACGGAUAUACCCUGGUGGGGCCAGCAAUCAGCACCUGCUGGAUUUUGAGCAGGAGGGCAGCCAGGUGGUCUUUGUGCAGCGGGAGGUGGAACAGCUAGUGUCCGGCCCCGGCCCAGGCCCAGUGCCUGGAGAUUUCAGCAUCCUCAGGUCCAAGUACCGCAACAGCUCCCUUGUCUCAGCCUGGCCCGAGGAGCUGAUCGCCCGGUUGGCGUCUGACAUCGAGGCGGCCGCCGAGUGGGCCGUGAGACAUCGCGGGGAAUUCCACCUGGCCCUCUCGGGGGGCGCCAGCCCCGUGGCCCUCUUUCAGAGGCUGGCCACGAGACACUACAGCUUCCCGUGGGGCCACACCCACCUGUGGCUGGUGGAUGAGCGCUGCGUCCCGUUGACCGACCCCGAGUCCAACUUCCAGGGUCUGCACGUCCACCUGCUUCAGCAUAUCCGCGUGCCUUACUGCAACAUCCACCCCAUGCCCGUCCACCUGCAUCGCAGGCUGUGUGUGGAGGAGGACCAGGGUGCCGAGCUCUAUGCCAAGGAGAUCUCGGCCCUUGUGAGCAACAGCAGCUUUGACCUGGUGCUCCUGGGCGUCGGCACCGACGGGCACACGGCCUCGCUCUUCCCUCACUCGCCCACUGGCCUGGAAGGGGACAAGCUGGUGGUGCUCACCGAGAGCCCCGCCAAGCCCCACCAGCGCAUGAGCCUCAGCCUCCCCCUCAUUAACCGGGCCAAGAAGGUGGCCGUCCUCGCGAUGGGCAAAAGGAAGAGGGACAUCGCCCUUCUGGUGAGCCGGGUGGGCCACGAGCCCCAGAAGUGGCCCAUCUCCGGGGUCCUCCCUACCUCUGGUCAGCUCAUCUGGUACAUGGACUACGAUGCCUUUCUGGGCUGAUGGUGCUCAUGGGCUCACCUGCCCUCCUGUCCUCCCCACUCACCAAAGAACUUGGUGCCCGAUGGCCAUACAUUCCGACAGCCCCUAAAGGGUGGGGAGAGGAGCGGGUAAUAGCUAUGGAUUGGAUAAGAUGAGGAGCAAUCCAAAAAAAAAAAAAAAAAAAAAAGCUGGAUUUAAAGCCAG